AUGGCACCUAUCGUAUCGACGUCGGCCCUGAGCGGCCUCAUCACCCCCCUCCUGCCACGGGCGGAACCAACAGCAUCAACAACACCCACGCGGACCAUCCCGCAAGCACUAUCCCGGAUCAUAUCCGCCCGCCAAGCCGCCACCACGACCGUCGUAUCAAACGACGGCAACGGCGGCGAUGGCGCGAGCACGCUCACGGGCGGCGCCAUCGCCGGCAUCGUCAUCGGGUCCAUCGCCGGCUUCCUGCUGCUCCUCUGGCUGAUCCGGUCGUGCCUCAACCUGAAGCAGCCCGGGAUCUGGGGCUCGACGUUCGGCGCCGACCGGGACGAGAAGGUGCCGCCGCCGCGGAAUCAGGCCUACUAUGCGCAGAGCACCCACGGCAACCGCCACCGCAGUCGCAGCCAUGGUGGACAUGGGCAUCGCUCGCGCUCGCGCCAUAGCCCCAGACGCACUACUGAGGUCGUGAGCGUCACGCGGCCGGUUUACGUCGAGCAGCGGGGACGCAGCCCCCGCGCGCCGCAGAAUGUUUAUGUUGCAAGGGGGUCCAUGGAUGGGAGGGAUUUGCGCCGGGCUAGCGAUAGUCGGCGGUACCGGAAUUAUUGA